GAUACAGAACUCGUUCUACCACCAGCUGCACAAGCAGAAAAAGUCGGAGCGCUUCUUCAAGGUGUUCUAUGACCGCAUGCGUCUGGCCCAGCAAGAGAUCCGGGCCACUGUGUCCGUCAACAUGUUCGAGGUCAGCACCUGCAGGAAGAGAGAGGAGGACGUCGACGUCAGUCACAGUGGCAUCCGGCUCAGGAAAACAGCGAAAGACUCUUCCCUUCACAUGAAAGACAACAUGCGUGGCCAGUUGAAGGAGGCGUCCUCAGCCACCUCCAAGGCCUUUGUCUCCUUCCGGAAGGAUCUGGACACAGACCUGGAGGUGCUGGAUGGCCAGGCCGGUGAUGGGCCCGGGGGAGGGGGUGAGGAGAGAGAGGAAGAGGCCCAGAUGAGCCCGGCCAUCACCAUCAUGAAGCCUAUCCUGCGAUACCUCCAGCUGCUCUGUGAGAACCACAACAGGAACCUGCAGAACUUCCUGCGGAACCAGAACAACAAGACUAACUACAACCUAGUGUGUGAGACUCUGCAGUUCCUGGACAUCAUGUGUGGUAGCACCACGGGAGGCCUGGGCCUGCUGGGCCUCUACAUCAAUGAGGGCAACGUGGACCUUGUCCGGCAGACCCUGGAGACAAUCACCGAGUACUGCCAGGGGCCUUGCCACGAGAACCAGUCCUGUAUAGCCAAGCACGAGUCCAACGGAAUCGAUAUCAUCAUAGCUCUGAUAGUCAACUCCAUCAACCCCUUGGGGAAGAAUCGAAUGGACCUGGUGCUGGAACUCAAGAACAACGCCUCCAAGCUGCUGCUGGCAAUCAUGGAGAGUCGCCAUGACAGCGAGAACGCCGAGAAGAUCCUUUACAAGAUGAGGCCCAUGGAGCUGGUGGAUGUGAUGAAGGAGGCGUAUGCCCAGGGGCUGGAGAGUGAAGCUGAGGAGAACUCUAUAGGAGACCAGAUCAAACCAAAAGACGUAGGACACAACAUCUACAUCCUGGCCCACCAGCUAGCCAGACACAGCAAGUUCCUGCAGCAGAGCUUGAGGCCGCCAGCGGCGGGGCUGCUGCUGAACGAUGACACGGAGGGAGACGACGCCCUUGGUUACUAUGCCAACCACACCGCUCAGAUAGAGAUUGUGCGUCACYACCGCACCAUGGAGCAGAUAGUGUUUCCAGUGCCCAACAUCUGUGAGUACCUGACAGAGGAGUCCAAGACGCGCGUGUUCACUACAACCGAGAGGGAUGACCAGGGCAGCAAGGUCAACGACUUCUUCACGCAGUUUGACGACCUCUAUAAUGAGAUGCGCUGGCAGAAGAAGAUACGCAAUAACCUGGCUCUGUUCUGGUUCUCUCGGCACAUCUCUCUGUGGGGAAGCAUCUCUUUCUACCUAGCCGUUCUAGUCAACGUGGCCGUGGCUCUCUUCUACCCCUUUGGAGAUGACGGAGAUGAAGGCAUCCUGCCCCCCUUUGUGUCCAUCCUGCUGUGGGUGGCGUUGGUGGUGUGCACCGCCAUGCUCUUCAUCCUGCCCAAACCAGGGAGUGUCCGGCCCUUCCUUGUCUCUGUCAUACUGCGCUCUAUUUACACACUGGGCCUGGGCCCGACCCUGCUGCUACUGGGGGCCGCCAAUCUCCUAAAUAAGAUAGUGUUCCUGGUGAGCUUCGUGGGCAACCAGGGGACGUUCACGCGGGGCUACAAGGCGGUGGUCAUGGACAUGCCCUUCCUCUACCACGUGGGCUACAUCAUCGUCUGUAUGCUGGGCCUCUUCGUCCAUGAGUUCUUCUACAGCUUCCUGCUUUUUGAUCUGCUGAACCGCGAAGAGACCCUGCUGAACGUGAUCAAGAGCGUGACACGUAAUGGGCGCUCCAUCGUCCUUACGGCUGUGCUGGCCCUCAUUCUGGUCUACCUCUUCUCCAUCGUGGGCUUCCUCUUCCUCAAGGACGACUUCCUCAUGGACGUGCAACGUCUGCCAGGGAAACUGGAAACACUAAAAGAUGGCCGAGCUCCCUCCGACAAGUGUUUGAAAGACGGCUGCCCAGACUACUUACCCACGUCUGUCACCAUGAUGGUGGAGGAGAACGAUGGGACGGAGCGUGUGUGUGACACUCUGCUGAUGUGUAUCGUGACGGUGCUGAACCAGGGCCUGAGGAACGGAGGGGGAGUAGGAGACGUGCUGAGGAAGCCUUCCAAAGACGAUCCUCUGUUUGCGGCCCGUGUGGUGUAUGACCUACUGUUCUUCUUUAUUGUCAUCAUCAUCGUCCUCAACCUCAUCUUCGGCGUCAUCAUCGAUACGUUCGCCGACCUGAGGAGCGAGAAGCAGAGGAAGGAGGAGAUACUGAAGACCACCUGCUUCAUCUGUGGGUUGGAGAGGGAUAAGUUUGACAACAAGACAGUGUCAUUUGAGGAGCACAUCAGGUCGGAACACAACAUGUGGCACUACCUGUACUUCCUGGUUCUGGUGAGGGUGAAGGACCCCACGGAGUACACUGGCCCCGAGAGCUACGUGGCCCAGAUGAUCAAGGAGAAGAACCUGGACUGGUUCCCCCGGAUGCGGGCCAUGUCCCUGGUGAGCAGCGAGGGGGACGGCGAGCAGAACGAGAUGCGCUCCCUGCAGGAGAAACUGGACAGCACCGUCACACUGGUGUCCCUGCUGUCCUCCCAGCUGUCUGAGCUAAAGGAUCAGAUGACAGAGCAGAGGAAGAACAAACAGAUGAUGGGCUUCCUGGGGCCUGCUGGGGUCAACAACCACCACAUCCCAGCACACUGAGGGGCCUGGGUCCCCCUGCUAACAGAGAAAACUGCUGGAGGUACACAAAGGGGCCAUAAACACGUGUGCACACACACACACAUACACACACAAUAGUAUCAGAUUUAUGGGGCCAGCAGCCACUGGCCCACACGCAUAAUUUACUCAAACAGUGCUUUGUAUUCAAAGCAAACAGUGCCUUGUUCUUAGACAGUGUACUGACUCCUCACCCAGCAUCACCCUCUCACAUAUCACAUAGAACAGUACAGUGAUGUCUGCCUUUAGGACAGCACAAGCUGCCCAGUCAUACUGAUCAUCCCAUGUCAGUCCUGCUGCUCUAUGAGUGAGCCUCUGAAUGAGAUGCCAGGUAUACCACACAUUGGCCAGUGUCACUAUGGCAGACUCCUGCAGACUGGAGGUCAUGGGAGAGGGUUAAAGGUUAAGUACAGUGGCCCUGUGGGCAGCCACGCUCUUUCUUCUGUAUUKUCAGUGUACUGUGUCUGUCUGAGACUAAGAUGAAGACAGAGACUGGGCUAUACGCAGGUCAGGUAUUGGUACAUUGGGUUGGUUGGUGUUGUUCAGUUCACUUUGGACUUGAAAGGGGCUGCUCCUUGUAUUACUGAUAGGCCCUCUUUGGAAAGGGUGUACGUGUAACUUUACGGUGAAGUAUUUUCUUCCUAGCCUGGUCUCAGAUCUGUUUGUGUUGUCUUGCCAACUCCUACGAAAAUGAUAAUAGGAGUUGGCAAUACUGCACAAACAGAUGUGGGACCAGGUUAUUCUCUUUGGAUAUGUUUUAAUAUGACCUGUUAAAUUGUGAACGGAACUGGAGUAUUACAUUUUUUAUACUUUGGAAUUAGAAAUGGAACAUUGAUCAACUUACCGCCUGGCUGCCUUGGGGGGUAACAUUGAUCAAGUUACCGCUUGGCUGCCUUGGGGGGUAACAUUGAUCAAGUUACCGCUUGGCUGCCUUGGGGGGUAACAUUGAUCAAGUUACCGCUUGGCUGC